CGCAAAUCCGCCAAUCCGCCAAUCCGCGCUUCUUCAGUGAUGACUUGUCAUGCAGCCAUUGGUCCACACUUCCUUUUACAAGAAACUUGUAGAUAAGAAUCUGAUCGUGACUCGUCGAACAGUAACGCAGAAUCUUCACUAUGUUCUGGUGGCGGAGCUUCUCGAGCAUUUCCAUUUCGGCCCAGAAUUCAUGGAGGCCCUGGAAGGCAUCUCGAUAGAGUUUCUUGAUGGCAAAGGUGACGCUGUUGGAGAGAGUGGCCUUGUAGACGAGUCUGACGCUGCCGUCACCAAUUAUGACGAAAAGUUCUUGGUAGCGCCAGCUAGCUCAGGCAUGGAGAUCUAGUGGAGAGACGGGUCGAAGCUGGUGUUGUCGUAGGCCGAGACGGAGGUGAGAUCGAGAGGGUUCGUGGCUGGGCAGGUAGAGACGAUCGAACGGUUGGGGUGGUAGUUGUUGCGUGGUUUCCUGGAUUUGCAAAGGAGGAAAAAAAAAAAAAAAAGCAAAGACUGAAGU